CAUUGAUUCGCUAUCACUCGCUCUUUAGACUUGCUUCUUGAGCUAAGUAGUUGUGCUGUUGUAAUUAUUAGCUAACAGAAAAUAAAGGAUAUUAUAUAAAAUUAAAUAAAAAAAAAGGAUUCUUCAACCAGCUUUCAAGGAUAACAAAUUUUAAAAAAAUUAAUAAAAAAAAAAUUGUGUUCAAAAAAUUUGUGUAAAAAAAAGCAAUAAGACAUCAGACAACAACUACAAUACCUGAAGUAUUAAGCAGUGUGAAAUUUUGUGUCAAAUCAAAAAUUCUCAAUCAGGCUUAUAAAUAAGCAAGAAACUAAUCUAAAAAAAGGCGCGCAAGUGAAACUUAUAAAUUAAAACAAAACAAAGUUUUUUGUUAAAAACAAAUUAAAAAAAAAAAAUAUUUUUUUGUUUAACUUAAAUAAAUAAAAACAUACAAAUACUCAAUAUGAUGGCUGUAGCUGCUGCACAAAAGAACCGUGAAUUGUUCGCAAUCAAAAAAUCAUACAGCAUUGAGAAUGGUUAUCCAUCUCGUCGUCGUUCACUUGUUGAUGAUGCACGUUUUGAAACUUUGGUCGUAAAACAGACCAAACAAUCUGUUUUGGAAGAAGCUCGCUCAAAGGCUAAUGACCAAACUUUAGAAGAAUGCAUCCUUCAAGCUAAGGGCGAACAUGUCCCACAAGAACCUAAAAUUGAAUUUGAAAAUGAUCAGGGUGUUGAAAACGCCGAAAUUCCUGAUGAAGUUGAUGAUGCUCCAGUUUUUGAAGAUAAUGAAUCUUAUGGUCAAGAACCAACUCGUGAAAACGGUGGCGAACAGGGUGACGAUAACAUCAAUUCAAACGAUGCUGGAUUAACUGAAGACGAAAUCGUUUUGGCUAAUGCAGCUACUGAAUCGCCGGAAGCUGAAAAUGCUCUUCAAAGUGCUGCACUUGUUGUCCGUCUAAAGGAUGGCAUGAGCUCACUUGGCCGCAUCCUUAAAGCCAUCGAAAACUACCAUGGAUCUAUUUCCCAUUUGGAAUCUCGUCAAUCUCGUGAAGAAGGUGUUCAACAUGAUGUUCUCAUCAAGCUGGACAUGACCCGGGCUAACCUUCUUCAAUUGAUCCGAUCACUUCGUCAAUCUUCAUCAUUCGCUAGCAUUAACUUGUUGGCUGAAAAUAGUAUCAGCGUUAAAGCCCCAUGGUUCCCAAAACACGCUUCCGAAUUGGACAAUUGCAAUCAUUUGAUGACCAAAUACGAACCUGAGUUGGACAUGAAUCAUCCAGGUUUUGCUGACAAAGUUUACCGUCAACGUCGCAAGGAAAUUGCCGAAAUUGCUUUCGCUUACAAAUUCAAUGAUCCAAUUCCAUUCAUUCCCUAUACCGAUGUUGAGAAUAAGACAUGGAGAUCAGUUUUCCGUACUGUGCUAGAUUUGAAUCCAAAACAUGCUUGCGCUGAAUACAGAGCCGUUUUCAAGAAAUUACAAGAUGAGAAAAUCUUUGUUGAAGAUCGUAUCCCUCAGUUGGAGGAUAUGAGUGCAUUUUUGAAGAAGAACACCGGAUUUACACUUCGACCAGCUGCUGGUCUAUUGACAGCUCGUGAUUUCUUGGCUUCGUUGGCUUUCAGAGUAUUCCAGAGUACACAAUAUGUUCGACAUGUAAAUUCACCAUACCACACUCCAGAACCUGAUUGCAUCCAUGAAUUGCUUGGACAUAUGCCACUCCUUGCUGAUCCAAACUUUGCCCAAUUCUCACAAGAAAUCGGUCUUGCCUCCCUUGGUGCCUCCGAUGAAGAAAUCGAAAAACUCUCCACUGUCUAUUGGUUCACUGUUGAAUUCGGUUUGUGCAAGGAACAAGGUCAAAUCAAGGCCUACGGUGCCGGUCUUCUGUCAUCUUAUGGUGAGCUCUUGCACGCCAUUAGCGAGAAGCCCGAACAUCGUGCAUUCGAACCAGCUUCCACCGCAGUACAACCCUACCAGGAUCAAGAAUACCAACCAAUCUAUUAUGUUGCUGAGAGUUUCGAGGAUGCUAAAGAGAAAUUCCGUCGUUGGGUGUCAACCAUGUCACGUCCAUUCGAAGUACGAUUCAACCCACACACUGAACGCGUUGAGGUCUUGGAUUCUGUGGACAAACUUGACACUUUGGUAACACAACUCAACACUGAACUUAUGCAUUUAACAAAUGCAAUUGAGAAGUUGAGGAGCCCCUUCUAAAUGGAAGUUCCUUUUUU